AUGGAUGAUACACAGCAAGAUCAAAAAUCCCUCUCAGACGAAUUCCAAAACUUGCAACGGGAACUUCAAACACAUAUUCUAUCAAGGCAGAAAUUAGAAUCACAACAGACGGAGAACAAAACAGUGUUGAAGGAAUUUAAAAGCCUUAAUAAUGACGCCAAUGUUUACAAACUCACUGGACCCGUGCUUUUGAAACAAGACAAGACAGAUGCCCAAAUGGUAGUCGAUGCAAGACUACAGUUCAUAGACAAUGAAAUAAAAAGGGUUGAUAAGCAGAUCAAAGAAUUACAAGAUCAAUGCGAAGUCAUUCGAACCAAGGUAGUUUAUUUUAAUUUUCACACUUCGAUCUAA